CGCAUGCGCGGCUGUCGGGAGACCGCGUUCGCCCUCGCGUUCCUUCAAUGAGUCAGGCGUGUCGCUGCUUUUGGAACGGUGCGUAGACGUGUUCGGGAAGCUUCUCCUUGCAAGCAUUAAAAGCAGCCGGCCUCGCGACCGUGCCGCCCAAUCGACGACGGAUAGCCAAUCGUCCCGGUCAGCGCAGAAUCCAGUGCCCGACGUUGUCGUCGGCGAAGAAGAGGAGAAGCAUCCAAGUGAGAGCUGUAGCGAGGGCAGUGUAAGUGAGCACACCCAGGACCGCCUUUCCCGCCGCCACCAAAAGCAGUGACUUCUGCCCCAGCUGCCGAAAGCGGGACAACACAUCGAGAGAUGGCCCCCGAACGCCGCGUGCCCAUCCAGAAGUCCGACCUCAGCAUCCUGGACAAUGAGUUCAGCUCGAUCCGGGAGCGUUUCGAGGCCGAGAUGCGCAAGAUGGAGGAGGAGAUGUCGCGCUUCCGCUCCCAGCUCAUGGACCACGAGCGUGACUUCUUCUCCAAGAGCUCUGCGCCGCUCCAGGUGGGUGCAGGCAUGGCGGCCGGGCCCGUCCCCCCCGGUGGUGCCUCUGGUGCUAUGCAGCCCGCUGGAUCGGGCCAGCUGCCGCCAGGCAUGGGUGCGGCCAGCAAGACCUGGCUGGACAGCAUGAACUCGCCGCUCAUUCAGGAUGCCGAGGACGGAACCAAGCAGCUCAAGCUGCGCUUCGAUGUCUCCCAGUACGCACCCGAAGAGAUUGUCGUCAAGACCAUCGACAACAGGCUGCAGGUGCAUGCCAAGCACGAGGAGAAGUCUGAGAACCGGUCAGUGUACCGGGAGUACAACCGAGAGUUCCUUCUGCCCAAGGGAACCAACCCCGAGCACAUCAAGUCACAGCUGUCCAAGGACGGUGUGCUCACAAUAGAGGCCCCGCUGCCGGCCCUGGAGGCAGCCAACAAGGAGCGCAACAUCCCCAUCGACAAGAAGCCAUCGGGAGGCAAGAGCAGUGACACGGAGUCCGAGGAGUAAUGGCCGGCCAGGGCUUCUUUUCAAGGCUCUCGACAUUGUCUUCUAUUUCUUUCUUUAUUUCCUCAGCGCGCAGUGUUGCUUUCUUUUUUUCAGCAAGGGGAGUCCUCAUUAAAACGAAGCCACUUUC